AUGCAGGCUGAUCAAGCCGCACCCAAGCCGCUCCAAGCCCAGUCGCCGGACGAAUCAUCGAGCUCGCCGCCGGCCCGGCCAGACGACACCACCAUCACCGCCACAUCGCCCCAGUCUACACUACCACACCGGCCCGCCGCCAAUCGAAGCGGGCCGCGCUCGCGCCAGGGAUGCUGGACCUGCCGCGAAAAAAAGGUCAAAUGUGACGAGGGACGUCCCGUGUGCCAGCGCUGCGUCCGCCUGAGGCGCCAGUGCGACUACAGGCCUCGCCCACGUAAGCCCUACACCAGAAAGGCCUCCAGCGCCCGUACUCCGUCGGCCUCGUCGGCCCGGGCCGACACUCCAUCGCAGGGCGCCGCCAGUCCGUCGAGCAGCAGCAGCAGCAGCGGCAGCAGCGACCGCGACCCUCAGUCUCCGCCCGACUACUGCCGGCCCCCCAUCCCCAGCAGCACCGCCGCACAGAUCAUCGCCAGGAGAGCAUCCAGACACGACAGCCUGGCCACCCUCGCCUCGGGCCUGCAGCAGCCCGAGAUGGCCGCCGCCUGCUCCGUCGUCUUCACCCCGGCCGACCACGAGGCCAUCUACUACUACCGCACCCGCUUCUCCACUAACCACCACACCAAGAACCCCGAGUACUCGGUCUUCUCGCUGCUGUUCCUGCAGGCCCAGCGCCAUGCCAUGCCCAUGCACAUGAUCCUGGCCCUGGCCGACCAGGAGCUGCUGUGGCUGCGCAGCUCCCACCAGGAUCUCAUCCCGGUGGCCAGCCGGCCCAACUCGCCCAAGUCGGUCAGCCACUACACGGAGGCCCUGCAUCUCAUGACGCAGCAGAUGAACGCCGGAGACGCCGACCUCGACCUCGACCAGGUGCUGGCCGCGCUGUGGCUCAUGAUUGCGUACGAGCAAAAGUACGGUGACGGCGGUGGCAUCGGCCUGUCGAAGCACCUGCAGGGUGCCGCGUCGAUCCUGCGGACGCGCUUCCAGCCUCUGCUGCAGGUGUCGGCGACCAAUGAGGAGCCGAGCGAGGCCAUGGACGUCGAUGGCACGAGCCAGGCAGCGUGCUCACCGCCGGCGAGCCAGGCCCUGAUCUCCUUCUUCGCCGCCCGCAUGAUGGUGUGGAUGGCGGUGCUGGAUGCCGGGGCCGCGUUCGGCAUAGGCUCCAAUCUGGGCGGGUCCGUCAACCAGCUGGUGCGGCAGAUCGCCGGUGAGGAAAACGGCAAGCUGCUGCGGGGCUUCAACGCGAUCCACGAGUACAGCGAGCCACUUUUCCGCACCACCUGGGGCGAGCGGUACCCGCAGGCCGAGCUCGUCGACGACAUGGACAACCGCAAGGUGUACAGCCUGUACGCCAAGGCGGCGCUGGUCCGGUACGAGAACGCCGAGUUCAGCGCCGCCCUGCACCGCGGCGACGACCGGGAUGCCGCGCGGCGCGCGCUCAACAUCGAGGACGCCUUCGGCCUGCUGCGCGACGAGUUCGCCGAGCUGCUGGCCCUGGCGUCGCAGCUGAGCCCGGACGUCGACCACAGCCGCCGGCUGCACCAGAACAUCCGCUACGUGGUGCCCCACUACUACGCCAUGGAGCUCGAGUUCCUGCGGCUGACGCGGUUCGCGGAGCCGCUGGCGGCGCCCAACGCGACGCAGAAGCGGGCGCUGCAGGAGAUCAUGAACCUGGCGUACCAGGGGUACAAGCACGACGGCGAGCGGUUCCUGGCGCGCAUCCCGCUGCCGCUGCUGUUCGCGGGCAUGGAGACGGAUGACCUCAUCCACCGGUCGUGGAUCCUCGACCGCUACCAGGGCCUCACCAAGUACGGCAAGAACUACGCACGGGCGUUCGCGUGCCUCAAGGCGGUGGUGGAUGAGCAGGACAAGGCGGGCGGCAGGCGGGUCGAUCACAUGUUGCUGCUGGCCGAAGGCCGGUUUGAGCACUUUGUGAUCUGA